UUCGAGUUAAUUUGAAUCUGGUAAGGAGGGAGUGGAGGUCUUCCGCCCGUCCUCUGCACUGUGAGCUGCUAUUUCUCCCGCUGCCUCAGAACAACACAGUCGAUUUCCGUUAGGCACCGACUGUAUGGGCAGAAUAACAGUUUUUUUGACAGCACUAAGUAGAAGUAUUUCUUAUUAUCGAAGACAGUUUGCGAGUAGAUAGCUACAUAUCAACGAGCAAUUUUAUAUUCGUUUCAAGCGUUGUCUGUAGUGAGUAUGAGGCAAAGUGAGAAGUAGCAGCUAUCUUCGAGGAAAGAAAGUCAAAAUAAAUAUCAGAACCUACAGACAGUAUUAUCGUUAGUGUUAUAAGUAAUUUCAAAUUUGCCAAAUUAGCUAGUUUGAUAGCUGGCUAGCAUCAUGACUCGGAGAUCAUGUGCAAUUUACGCUACUGGGAUUCUCUGCGCCCAUCUACUGAUAGUGGGCAUCGCAUUGGUCGUGGCUCAAGUCUUCCAAACAAUGAUUUACAAUCGGCUUAAAAAGGAAUUGACCUUGACUGAGGCGAGCCGAGUAUUUGAGUCGUGGAAGAACCCACCGCCUCCAGUCUACAUGGAGUAUUACUUCUUCAACGUGACCAACCCUGAAGUGUUCUUAGCAGGGGGCAAGGCAGCUGUCACCCAGAUUGGACCUUACACUUACAGGGAAUACAGACCCAGGGAAAAUGUAACUUUCCUCGAAAACGGAACCAAGGUUUAUGCCCUGAACCCCAAAAGCUUUGUCUUCGUCCCAGAGAAGUCCCGGGGUAAUCCAGAGGUCGACAUUCUGAGGACAGUCAACAUCCCAGCUGUGGCGGUGAUGAACAAGCUGAACUCCUACUCUUUCCUGCUGCGCACCUUCGUCUCCAUGUGGAUGAACUCCAUCGGUGUGGAAAUCUUCAUGACCCGCACCGUUCACGAGGUGCUAUGGGGCUUCAAGGACCCCCUGCUCUCCAAAAUCCACGCCAUGAAGCCAGAGGUGGACGAGAUGUUUGGACUGAUGUGGAAGAAAAAUGGAACUGACGAAGGAGAGUUUGUGUUCCUGACUGGCGAACGGGACUAUAUGGAAUAUGGCAGAAUAGACACAUGGAACGGGCUGACUGAAAUGUCGUGGUGGUCCUCUAACCAGAGCAACAUGAUAAACGGCACGGAUGGCAGUGUGUUCCACCCUCUGUUGUCCAGGAAAGAGCUGCUGUACAUCUUCGCUGCUGACCUCUGCAGGUCUAUCCACCUGGCUUAUGUUGAGGAUGUGGAAGUGAAGGGCAUCCCAGCCUACCGCUUCGCUCCUCCGCGUGAUGUCCUGCAGAGUCCUAAGGAGAACCCUACCAACGCCGGCUUCUGUGUGCCAGCUGGGGACUGCCUUGGCACCGGGGUGCUUAAAGUCAGUGUUUGCCGAGAAGGUGCCCCUAUCGUGGUGUCAUUCCCUCACUUCUAUCAGGCCGAUGCCAUGUACAUUAAUGCUGUUGAAGGACUGAGCCCCAACAAGGAGGAGCAUGAGACUUACCUUGACCUUAAUCCAACCACUGGGGUCCCCAUCCGUGCCUGCAAGAGAGCCCAGCUCAAUAUAAUUUUGAACAGAGUUCCAGGCUUUCCCAAAACCAAACAUCUAAACGUUACAAUUUUCCCUAUCAUGUUUGUCAAUGAGACGGCCACUAUCGACGAUGACUCUGCUACCCAGAUGAGGACCCUGCUGCUCAUCGUGACCCUGGUGUCCAACUUCCCUCUGCUCAUCGUGGGCAUGGGCGCCAUCCUGCUCGUAGUCUUCGUCCUCCUGGUCUGCAGGUCUCGCCAGAAGAAGACGGCAAAAGACGACACUGCCUACACUCAAGUCAGCGACAAACCAGAGGUUGAACCAUCAGAAAACAACCACACCAACCAGCCAAUGAGGAACGGCUCCUACAUCGCCAUGUCUCCUGUGGAGGCUCAGAAGUGUUGAUGGAGGCUGCAGUGUGUGGAGGGGCAGGUGGAGCAGCCUGGUGGAGCAGCGGUAUUAUAACCAAGGCAGGGUUUUGCAGUGCGGACAUGGGGUUUCACUUUUGGGGACUGUCCUACUCUCCUGCUGAGCAUGGCCUUUCUUCCUGCCAUAGUGCAAAACAACAUCUCCGGUCUACUACUAAUGUCACUUGUCUUUUUUCUGUCGAGCUCACCGCUGAUUUCAUGACACAACACUAGUUAUCUCAGCCAGGACAAUAGGUUUUGUGAGUAUUUUCUGCACUUUGAAGUAGAAUUUUAGUCAGUAUUCUCAAUGAUUAACAACCACUGAGCAACCGCUAUCAGCCUUCCAACAGGGCGCAAAGAGCACUGACUGACCGUAGUAUUUACCUGAACAAUGAAGAUCAGAAGGUCCUCUAACAUUUCUUUGUAACGGUGUUUGUGAGGUUACCUCCAAAACAAGCCAACAGAUUAAAACCUUUGCUCCUUAAGUUAAAUAGUAUGACCAGUACUAUUCCCUCCCUCCCUGUAACUGAGUUUUCAGUGACUCAGAAUGUGGGUUGGCUAACAAAACUGUGUACUUCCUUACCAUAUCCGUUUUGUAGAAGAAAAAAAACUAUAGAAGGGAAAGAAGAAAAAAAAAUAAUAAAUGAACUGAGCCAAACUAUUCAUAUUAUGUUGAGCAAUCAGUCAGGUCACAUACCCAAGUUGUCAUCAAACAGAAUUUGUGACUGUGUGUGCAUGUCUUACACUGUAGUGUCCUGUUUUGAUUGGACUAUGGGUUACUUUUUCUUGAUGCAGGCACUGUGUAGUAUGACAGCUGAGAGAUUUAGCUUUUUUUUUUAUUAUUUUUUUUUUUUUACAUAUUGACAUUUUUGGAAGCCUUUUUGAAGACAUGUCAAAGUCCUCAGAAGAUAAGACAUUAGUAGAUAGCUGCUUUUCCCAUUAUGUGGUGUUAGGGGAUUGUACCUAUAGCCGCAGUAGAUAUACCAGAAACCUUCAUCUAAUAUUCAAAAUGGAAGAAAAACCUACAUUACAAGGGAGACUUGAACCUACUUUCUGCCUUACACUUGUUCAGUGUGUUGAUUCUUCAUGUGGAUGUGGUAAAAAGCUGGAUAUCUUAGUUGUACAUGCGUAAUGGGGAAAUGUUAGGCUACCUCUGACCUAAUCCAGCAAGUAGUCAAAGGUGUGCCUAAAACACUUUUUAAUUUUAAGUGUCGACCCACGUUGUGUGUCUGCACUGAUACUUAGAAUAAGCACAAUUUGGAUUGCUAAUACAGUCCUCAUAAGGUAACAGGUCUUCAUAUAGACUGUACCCUGCUAGAAGCAUAUUAUACUACUUGUAUUUACAGUUGUGUGUUUUUAACACUGCAUUGUUGGGAAAGGGCUCGUAAGUAGGCGUUUCACUGUAAUACAACACCUGUUGGGUGUUGGGCUUGUAUACGAUUUGAUUUGAAGACCGAUGGGUGCCCCAUAAAGACAACAACUAAGUUCUAGAAUAAACAGUCAGGCCCUGCACUCUGCUUCUGCUGUGCAUGUUAUGUCGAACAGAGUCAACUGGCUAGCCAAGGAGCUUCAGGUAUUCAGACAAACAUGACACUUGAAUCACUAUUUGUCUUACUGUAUGUUUUGAUGUGGUGUUUUUCGUUGCUGUCUUCGGUCACUAGUCUCUGUGUCGUGUCAAGGCUUUUGGCAGUCGCUUCUGGAAAAAAUGUACUAAGUCCAUAAUACUGUCAACUUCAAAAUGUGAUUCCUGCACUUUCCAAAAAAAGAACUUGCCCUGUAUUUUUUGGGGCUUAAUGUAAAAUGCAAUGGUCCUUCGGUGUAUUUCAGUGGUUUGACCCAGGGUUGUUUUUCAUUGGUUCCUGAGGUGUAAUUCUAGAUGGACACUUUGCCUUUGUUACUUGCUUUUAGGUAGAUGGAAUAUUUUUUUUCUUCAUCUAUUAUUGCUGCACUUAAUUACUAUAACAUAUGGGCUUGUAUUUUUUUGUGGAGAAACCAUCCAUGCUCAUAUUCUGUUUUAAGGUUGUUCCAACAAACUGAUAUCAACUCUUCUGAAUUGUUAAGUCUGGUCUGUGAACUCCUUAAAUGUUUAAGAAUAUUUGAGCAUAGGAUACAAUGCCCAAAACUUGCUGUCAUUUACUGGAAUUAGCAGAUAACUAUAGAUAGCAAAAUUGUAACAUCAAGUAUAAUGGUUUUUAACCCCACUUAUAUUAACUGAUGAGGACUGAUGAGGACUUGACCUCACUUGGCAUUGUGGCAGACAGUGGCUGAAGAAUUGUCCAUAUUGAGAAUUUUGUUUCUGUGGGUGAUGAUGGCUUGGGUUGUUAAAACUGGAAACUAUUUCUGGAGGUCUAGAUGGAUACUCUAGUAAACAAAUGAGAGUUGUUCAAGUAUUAGUUUGUUUGGUUGUGCCAGUAAGGACGUCUGUCCGACAUGGCUUUGGGCUGUACUAUGAUAAACUGGUCCUGAUUUUUUAAAAUGUUUUAUAUAUCAUGAUUAUAUAUCAAGAACCAAUUCACAAUAGGCCUUUUCAGUUUGAAACCUACUGUACUUAUCAGGCAAUUAUUGCAUUGUGCAAGCAUGGCUGUACUUGUAUAAUCAUCACAGUAUAUCAUACUAUCCUUUUUUUUGACUUGAACAUAUAAGACCUUGAAUCAGAGCCAUGUGUGUGUUGUAUGCUUAACAGUGCGCAUGCACACACACACACACACACACACUUACCUGAGACACUAUCUGACUGACUAGUCCCAUUUACCUUUGUACCCAAUCAUUCAUGUCCAUUCGCUCCUCUGUGCGUGACCAAAGAUAACCUACAUGGAUCUGUUCUAGCUUGUGUCUACUCUCCUCCGAGAUAACGGUUGUGCCACCGCCUACCUAAUAGUAAUUGCACCAUAUACCUUUUAUACAAUGCACUAUUUUAGGCCAGGGCCCAAAGGGCUCUGGUCAAAAGCAGUGCACGGUUUAGGGAAUAGGGUGCCAUUUCAGAUGCAAGCCAUCUAAAACAGUGCCAGGAUCCAAUUGCAGUGUAUUUACAACAGUGUUUGAGUUGUCUUUUCCCAACCAGACAAAAAAAAAAUCCAGAACUAUUGUUAAUGUCAAGAGACUGGGGCGAUCUGUAUUGCUUGUUAUGCACAAAUGCUGCUCUAAUGUGCGGGAGAAAAAAAAAUCAGUUUUAUGUAUUGACACAACAAUAUAAUGUUAUGUAAUAAUACAUUUUAUUAAAUGUUUUUUUUAAUCUGACACAAGUUAUGUAUCCAUAUGUUCAAUGUUGUCUCUGUUUUUCUGAAUUUGUAUGUUUUUGUUGUUGUUUGGUCCCGUUUUCAUUUCCUUUUAUUUUUUUUUCUGUUUAGUAAUAUUCAACUUGGUCAUCAAGCACAUUUCAGUUGAACAUUGAAUUUUUCUGUCUCACAAAUGUUCUUAGAGAGAAUUCCUAGUUGGUCGUAUGUGUGUGUUGGAUGAUAAGCUUAUGUAGACAUUUUUGUACAGCCAAUGUACUGUUUUGUCAAACUGGAGUGAUUUUUAAUUGGAAGGCUGAUAAUGUGUAUGCAUGUGGAGGUAGAUUGCCUUCGUGCCUGGAUGGGUACAUGGGUCGUGUACAAGCAAUCUAACCCAUAGAUGAAUGAAGCCCUCCUUCAUGGAAAAACAACGGUAAUGCCAUCCUUUUAUUUCCUUAAAUUGCUUUCAAGUAACCAAUUUAGUUACGCAGUGUGGCAACUGUAUAUAUUUUUUUCACAUUUCAUUUUGUGUACAUUUCUAAAGGUCUCAGUCACCAUCUAACAGACAUUUUAAUGUUACUUCUGAGUUUUUAGUUUUUUGCUGCUGAAAAUGACAAUCGUCAUGUUGGGUGAAAAACUAUUUCAAAUGUAAUAUACAUUAGUUUUGAUAAUUUACACUGCACAAAUGUUUAUACAAUGCUUUUGUAAACAUUUUUAGUGUAUUUGCCAAAAAAUAAACAAAGUAGCAAAGAAUACA